CAGCGCUUUUUUAAAAAAAAUCCUGGGACUGUAAUGUGAGAGAGCCUCUGUGUGAAAGGUUGGUCUCUGAAACAGCGAGUUAGUCACUCCCACUAUAUACAUACAGACUGCCGAAGGGGGAAAAAACUUUUCUGACUGUGUUGGAAAGUGCAUGAGUGCAUAAGAGAGACAGAUGGCUUCGAAGAGAGAAUCCGUUUUGGUUGCUACAUCUCCAAUUCUGCAUUUUUUAACUGUUCUACUUUCAGAUAUUGCAUUAACUUCUGGAGUGUCUUUCUUUGGAGACAGUUACAUGGAGGUGAGGGAACUUGGGGCUUUUACCUCCAGCAGACUCUCCAUGACGUUUCUGACCAGUAAACAAAAUGGACUUCUCUUCCUAGCUUCAGGUCAAAGUGACUACCUGCUGAUGGAGUUGUAUGCUGGAGUAUUGCAGGUGAAAUUAGAACUUGGAUCUGGAGAGGUUAUAUUGCAUUCUCAGACUGGCCUGAAACUUAACAAUCUUGUCUGGCAUGAUGUUUAUCUUGUGCACGAGAACAAGACCCUAAGUUUGACUGUAGAUGAACUCUUCACAACUUCGGUGCAAGUGCUUGGCCAUCUCAAUAAGUUGAAUGUCAACAAUGGGCUGUAUGUGGGUGGACCUGGGGACGCAGAGAUCCCUUACCUCUCGAGGGAAUCCACUCAUUUCAGAGGCUGUAUUUCCAAGGCUGUGUUCAAUGAUUAUGACAUCUUAUUCUCACUUGCAACACAUCCCAGAUAUAGAACUGUUUACGAAAUAGAGGAUGGAUGUAGCAAUGUAAUUAUAGCAGGGGAUGAUUAUCCCAGCAACUUUCUUGGACCAAAAUCUUACAUUUCCUUUUCGAGUUGGAGUUCAAGAGAGGAGGGAACAUUUGAGUGCUUUCUGAAAACAACAAUUCUACAAGCUCCAUUGCUGUAUCAUGCAGGAUGGCAGACAGAUUUUAUUGUCUUAGAAAUUACUGAUGGUCAUCUCCGUGUUUUACUUGACAACAGAGGUGGAAUUGUUGUAUUUGAUAAUACUCGUUUUGUUAGUGAUGGGAGAUGGCACAAUGUUAAAAUGUUAUUUAAUGUGAACUUUAUAGAGGUUACAGUAGAUGAUGAAUUAUCUCAAAAACAACUGAUUGACACUAAGAAGAUACAUUUGGAUCUCCAAGGACACUUGUUCAUUGGUGGAAUAGACAACAAAACCACUUUUGAAUUAAUUAAACGUGGACUGUCAAAUGGGUUGAUGGAAGGAACAAUAUCUGGCUCCUUCAUUGGUUGCAUUCGAAAUAUGCGGGUCAACUUAGAAAAGAAAGGUUUGGUAGAUGCGCUAGUCACCAAGGGUAUUAGUACUGUAUGUGAGGAUGAAGAGAGUGAAGGGCUGGAGAAAAGUAAGAAUAAACUGGAGGAUAAAGUUUCAGCCACACCAACUCCAAGUUUUCAUGAGCUCCUAACCACCAAUGCACCUUGUAUGCUCAAUAAGAACAUGUCUAAAAUCUUCAGUAAUUUUACUAGCUUACUGAAUCUGACACCUUUAAUUGUAAAAGAAGCAGGAAGGUCCACCUUGGAGCUCAUCCAUAUUCAUCCCACUAUUGAUUUGAGCAGAAUUGGGGUGAGAAAUUCUCAAGUAGUUUUCAAAAUAAUUCAAGAAGCAAGAUAUGGUUCCUUGGAACUGAAUAUUCCAGGUGCAAAGAGUAGGAAAGCCUUCACCCUUUUAGAUGUAAUCCACCAUCAUAUAACAUAUAAACAUGAUGGAUCUGAAGGGUCACUUGACCAGUUAAAAUUUGAAGUAUCUGUUCAUAGUAAAAAAGAGAUCCCCAACUGUUUAAAACAGGGUCAACGUUACACGUUUAGUAUAAAGAUAAUCUCUGUCAAUGACCCACCAGAAUUAACCUUGCCAAAUGGAAAUGUUAUGACAAUUCUUAAAAAUACUUGGAAAACCCUUGGUCCAGAUGUCAUUCAUAUUGUAGAUGUUGACAAUGUUUGUUCUGAGUUAAGAAUUAUAAUAGUUAAUAGAAAAGAUCCAGGUUUUGUGGAAGAUGUAAGAAGCCCUGGCCAGAGACUUAGAGAAUUUUCAUGUCAAGAUUUGAAACUGGGAAAUAUUCGUUAUGUUAAUACUGGGGCCAAAGUUUCUGAAUUAUUCCUUCAGGUCACUGAUGGGGAACAAAUAAGUGACCCAACUCCUUUGAGAAUAGUGGCCUUAAAACCUGAUGUGCAAGUGGGAAAUAAUACAGGUUUAAUUCUUUCACAAGGAGGUGUCAAUCUAAUCACCAUCAGCAAUCUGUCUGUAGAGACAAAUGCAGUCAAGCAGAAGGUGGAUAUUUUAUAUAACAUUACUGAGCCAUUAUAUUAUGGGGAGGUACAGAAAUUUGAUGACAAUGGGAAAUGGAAACCAGUGAAGACUUUCCAUCAGGAUGAUAUAGAGCAGGGAUAUCUUCGCUACUUCAGCACAGAUCCUGAGUUUCGCAGACAUGAUAUAACUGAAAAACUUAAGUUUUCAGUGACAGUUGGACAGCAAAUCUUUGAAAAUAAUGUUUUUUUAAUUAAAAUAAAGAGAGCUAAAAUAACACUGGUGAAGAUAUCUCCAAAUGAGUUAAAUAAUGUUAGACGAGGAAAGAUUACACAAAAUGAACUGGAAGCUGCAAUAGAAGGCCACACGAUCCCUUCUGAUCUAUUCAGGUAUGUCAUUUUAAAGUCUCCAGAUAAAGGAAAGCUGCAAGUUCUGGACAAGGAGCUACAAGUUGGAUCGACCUUCACUCAAGAGGAUUUGAAGCAAAUAGGUCUCACUUAUGAAGCAACAGUUAGAAAUUCUGAGGAAACCCAAGACAGCUUCCAGUUUCAGGUUUUUGUUGGAGACCAGCACUCACCUGUAUAUACUUAUCCAAUAUUGAUUGGCAUUGAUCCAGAGGUACCAAUUUUGAUGAGUAAGCCACUGGUUGUGACAGAAGGAGGCACACAAACAAUCACCAAAGAUCAACUUUUCACCAUAGGUCACAGCACUACUGCUUUUGUGUACAAUGUCAGCCAGGGUCCUCAGCAUGGGAAACUGAUCAUGCAGCCGGACCAUGAAAAAUCCAUCACAAUCUUUACCAAUGAUGACAUUCUCCAAGAGCAGUUGAUGUAUAAGCAUGAUGACUCUGAAACUUUAGAAGACAAAAUUGUUUUUGUUGUUUCGGAACAGUCUGAAGAUGAUGACCCUGAGGUAGUUGUGGUUCUUGGAACAUUGAGUAUUUAUAUAAGACCAGUAAAUGAUCAGCCACCAAUUCGAGUGGUGAACAAGACAUUUAACGUGACAUUAAAUGGGCAACACUUGCUAACCACAGCUGAACUUCGUUUUCAUGAUGCAGACUCGGAUUUUGAUGAUUCCCAAUUGAUUUAUACCAAAUGGGGUAUCUCCAAUGGUAACAUUGUUUCUGCAGAUGACACUGCUCAUGAACUUUCCCGUUUCAGUCAGGAAGAUAUGGAGAAGAAACAAGUGUUGUUUAAACAUUACGGAGCUCAACGAGGAACUUUCCAGUUACAAGUGUCUGAUGGUGUGCAUCAAACUAGGACAAUCCUGGAAGUUCAUGCAUUAGAUCCAUAUCUGAGAAUAGUCAAUAAUUCCAUAUUCUUGGUUCACCAAGGAGAAGAGUUGCCUAUCCUUGGCCAUUUCCUUGGUGUGGAGUCCAACAUGGACAUUUGGCGUGAAGAAGAAAUAGUAUACCAGAUAACAUUUCCACCGAGUCACGGAGAAAUUCUAGUAAAUGGUAAACUGGAUCAUUCUUUCUCGCAGAAAGAUAUAAAUGAUGGCCGAGUGGUGUAUCGCCAUGACAACAGCCAGCGUUCAAGAGACUUUUUUAAAUUUAUGGUUGAAGUGAAAGAGAUCAAGACAAAGGGAGCUUUUCCCAUUUUGAUCUUCUUGGAGCAUCAUCAAUACCCACCAAUUGUAGUACACAAUAAAAAGAUCUUUGUAAACCAAGGGGGAGCAAAGAAAAUUUGGCGAGAUCAACUUCUUGUUUCUCACAAUGAUAGUGUUCCUUCAGAUUUAAUCUACUCUGUGAAAACUGCUCCUGUGCAUGGCCAGCUGGUCAUGGUUACUGAGAGCCAACCGACUGGCCAACAGAAACCCCUCAAGUCAUUUUCCCAAGAUGAUAUAAAUAAAGGCAGAGUUCAAUACCUUAAUUCCAGAUUCAGCCCUCAGGGCGAUGCAUUUGUUCUUGAUGUGACCAAUGGAUUUAAGACGGUGGAUGGAUUAACAGUGCUGGUGGAACUCAUCCCUGAUGUAAUUUUCUUGGUGACACAGAAUAUCUCUUUGAAAGAAGGUGAUGCACAAGCCCUCACUGGAGAUAUUCUAAAUGUUUCCAAUUAUCUUACUUCUUCAAAUUUCGAAUUUUACAUUACUAAAACUCCUAAACAUGGUAGAAUUGGACGACAAAGACUUGCUGAAGAAAGUAUUUCGUCUUUUACUAUGCAAGAGGUCAAAGAAGAAGCAGUGUUUUAUUUUCAUGAUAACAGUGAAACAUUAGUGGACAGCUUUACUGUGAUUGCCAAUAUUUCUGAGAUUGGCAGACAGAGUGAGCCAAUGUCAGUUAUUGUUACUGUAAUUCCCAUUAACGAUGAGGCUCCUGUUGUUACCAUUAACACUGAGCUGAAGAUGUGGGAAUAUGGCAUUGCUGAGAUCUCACAGGAUUUACUGAACAGUGAGGAUCCAGAUACCCCUGCAGAAGAAUUGAUAUAUUCUAUCAAGCCUCCAUCCAAUGGCCAUGUGGCUGUGAAAUCAUCUUUGGAUGACAGCAUUCUGGAAUUUUCCCAGGAACAGAUUAACAAUGGUCAAAUCAUCUUUGUGCAUCACGGAGCAUUGUCUGGAGGAUUCAGAUUUAAUGUGUCUGAUGGAGUGAAUAGUGCAGCUGCACAGCUAUUUACAGUCAGUGCGAGACAUUUGAACAUCCUAAUUGAAACAAAGGAACCUCUCAUCGUUUAUCCAGGAACACGUCAGCCAAUCACAAGUCAGCACCUGAAAGCAAGAACCAGUGAUGACAGCAAAGCAAAUGAUUGGCCGUUGACGUACUCAAUAGUGACUGCUCCAGCCCUGGGACAGCUCAUCAGGUUCGAGGAAGGCAAUGAAAUUGGGAAAGUUUCCAACUUCACUCAGAGAGAUCUGGAAUCUGAAAAUAUUUUCUACCAACAUAAUUGGCCAAAGGAACCCUUUUGGAAAUGUCAGGAUUCAUUCGAGUUCACAGUUUCCUCUCCCCCAGUGGUGACAGAAAGGAAGACCCUUACAUUAUGGAUUUCCUUUGAAAAGCAUAGUCUUCAACAAGGCACUCAGCUGUGGCACAAUAAAGGUCUUGUACUGCCUGAAGGUCAAAGUGCAGCAAUCAAUCAGUCACUGUUAGAUGCUUCAAAUCUUCUGGCUCGUGUCCCAAAAUCUCAGCAGCCUGCCUAUGAUGUGACAUUUGAGGUGACCACACAACCAGUCCAUGGGUUUCUCUCAUUAGCUGAUGUGGGCAAGGUGAAGCAUUUUACACAGUCUGAUUUGCGAGACUCUGCUCUAAAGUAUACACACAGCAAACCAGGGCCUUUAACAGAUAGCUUCACAUUUCAAGUGUGGUUGAAUCCAAGGAGAAAGUCACUUUCACAUUCUGUGGAUGAUGGAUCUCUCAUUGUCCUUUCUGAGUUAUUCAAUAUAACUGUCGUACCAGUGAAGGAUCACUCCCCACAGAUUAUGACUACAGGAAUGACCCUGCAUGUCCUGCAAGGCUCCAGCUUUGUGCUGACUCCAGAUCACAUGAACACAGUUGACUUUGAUAAUUCACCAGAAGAAAUUCUGUACAGUAUUGUCACAGGGCCAAACAAUGGCUUCUUUGUGAAUCAGGUUAACAACACUACGGCCAUCAAACAGUUCACACAGGCGGAUAUCAACGCUGGCAGAGUGUUAUUCAAAGCAGAUGGGCAGUCAGCUUCUAGCAUAUUCCAGUUCAGUGUCUCCGAUGGGAAACAUUCACCAGUUAGUGGGUCUGUCACUGUUGAAGUUACACCAGCGACUCUUCAUUUAGUCCAUAACAAAGAAAUUGUUUUACUGCAGGGCAAUGUGUCUGUGCUGAUAACCAGAGAGGAACUCUUAAUAGACACCCAACAAAAUGAUAUUGUACUCUAUAAAAUAACCCAACAGCCAAGGCAUGGAAAAAUAAUUAUUAACCAGUCUGUUGUGACUGAGUUCUUCCAGAAACAUAUUGAUAAUGGAGAUCUAAAAUACCACAUGAGAGAUUUCUCUGUUUAUCAAGACAGCUUCCAUUUCUCCGCAGUGACCCAUGAGGGCAAUCUAUCAGGUAUUGUGAAUGUUAAAGUGCAGCCUCUUGUAAGAGUGGCAUGGGAUUUGUACUGGCCCAGAGGAACCACUAUUCUGAUUGACACAGAUGUUUUGGAUGCUAGUGAACUGGCCAACAAAACCCACAGCAUUCCUUCUUUCAACAUUAUUCAACAACCCAAAACUGGAAAACUUGUCAAACUGCAUAGGCAGAAUGGAAGUCAAAGUGAUCUGAGGAAUCAGUUUACACAGUCUGACCUAGAAGAUGGUCAUGUGGCAAUGGAAGUUUGGGAUUAUGCUGAGGCUAGCCCUUACCCUGAAAUUGAUAGCUUCCAAUUUCUCCUGAAAGCAGAUGGAGUACCACCUGGCAUAGGCACUUUUGAAUUUAGGGCUGUCCCAUAUAUACCUACUCACCAUUACAAUGCCACAGUGCUUAAAGUUUCCUCCUUGAGUGGGACCACAUUACCAGAUUUCAGCAGCAGCCCCACAAGUCAGAAAGGUGAUAAAAUUGAUAAAUAUUCAUCGACUGUAACCUGGGAUCCCUAUGGAGUUGCCAGAAGAGGCAUUAUACCAACGUCAGACAACGUAAUAACAGAAUCCAGACCAACAGCAAGUAAUGAGAAGGUUCUCACAUCAGCAGGGAAUAAUCUUACAGCGAUUAUCAUUGCUGUCAUUCUAAUCAUUUUGCUGUUUCUGAUUGCUGUUGUAAUCACAAUCUAUCUGACAAAACGCAACAAAACAGGCAAGCAUAAUGUGCAGAUGCCUCCAACAAAAACUAAAAAUGGCGCUGUGGAGAAGGAGACCUUUAGGAAGACCGAUCAUGUUCAAUCUGUUCCUUUAGUGAAUGUCAGGCCACUCAAUGGUGUUGAAACACAAUCCAAUAGUGGGCAUGUUAAUCCUGAUGCCAAACAGUUCUGCAGGACAAGCAAUCCUACUCUGAAAACUAAUCAAUACUGGGUGUGAUCUUUCCAAUGGCUCACCCACUCAUUCCAAUCUAGGAAAGUGCUUCAAGUGAGGUCAAGAUGUAAUCAGACCAUUAUCAGCACGUUAUGUACUGGAGAAAAUAACAUUCCACCGCCUCUCUGUUCUUGCUUCACUACAAGAAAAAUCACAAACCCCUUGGGUUGGAAACCAGUCCCCCACAGGAUGGAACCCUGCCUUAGCUCUCUGAUCAUGAGGAGGGUGGCCAGUGCCUUAUUGGCUCCCAGAGAUGAGUCAUUCCACACCUCCUAUAAUAUUAAAAAAGACUGGUUUAAAAAAAAUGCAUUAGGACAAAAUUUAUUCUGUCUUCACCUGUCCUUAGCUGCAGCCAUGUUGUGGUACUAUCAUUACUGACUCUUGUUGGUAGAGAAAGUCACAAGAAUUUGGAAUUACUGUGGUGAACUGGGGUUGUGUUUGCACCAGACUGCAAUAUUAUUGCAGCUUUUCUUAACAGGCCGAAGGUUAUGUAAUGGGAUGUUGCUGCAGUUCGACAUUGUAAUUAGAAACACAUACAUUUUCUCACAGCCUCACAGUCCCUACAGAAUGUCUGUGCAAUUAACACCAUCUUUUUGACUCAAAACUAUCAAAGCCUGAACAGCUUCUCAGUCAUAUCAGUUCAGAAUACUUUAAGACCAUAAGACCAUAACACAUAGGAGUGGAGGUAAGGCCAUUCAGCCCAUCAAGUCCACUCUGCCAUUUAAGUCAUGGCUGAUGGGCAUUUCAACACCACUUCCCUGCACUCUCCCUGUAGCCCUCGAUUCCUUCUGAGAUCAAGAAUUUGUCGAUCUCUGCCUUGAAGGCAUCCAAUGUCCCGGCCUCCACUGCACUCCGUGGCAAUGAAUUCCACAAACCCACCACUCUCUGGCUGAAGAAAUGUCGUCUCAUUUCAGUUUUAAAUUUACCCCCUCUAAUUUUAAGGCUGUGCCCACGGAUCCUAGUCUCCCCGCCUAACGUAAAGAACUUCCUAGCAUCCACCCCUUCUAAACCAUACAUUUGCAGUGUUAAUCAGGAAUUGGCACUUUUGGAGUCGAUUUUUAAUUGAACUGAUGAUUAUUUAAUUAUUGCGUCUUGUAAAGCACUUAACACACUUCACCCACCCUUCUUUCAAUUGGCUUCCUGAAUUAGACUGCCAUUCAAAUGAAACUAUUGACUACUUUUGCUGACCUCUGUGCCAGACUACAUUAUAUGUGGUCUCUUUUCUUUAAACACUGUCCCUUCCCUUUUCAAAACUAUCUUUUCUCAAAAAGAACAACCAUGUUAUUGAAAGCCAAUGGUACCAGUUCCAAUCAUCCUUUCCUCUUCAAAGUCUUUGAAUCUCUUAUUAUCUGUUUGAAAUUUUCCAACUGACACAGACCGUGCACCUAACAAUACUCUGAGCCCACGUUCAAUACAGUUUUCACCAUACUGAAUAUGUUAAAAUUAACCUGCAUUAAAAAGGAUGCCGCCAAUAAUUCUAAUUCUUUGUAACAAGAGUCUAGAAAACAGCCACAGACAUCAACCAGAAAACCAAAUAAAACGAACAUAACUCUGUAAGAAGGGAUUCUUGAUCUUCCAAGACAUAAAAUUAAGUAGGUGGAUCUCAUCAUUCAGAAUUCCUACUUUGGGUGAAAAUUAAAUCCCAUAUUCCAAUGAAUCCAGUGAGCUAAGCAUCCUGGAAGUUCAUCAACUCUUCUGGAAGCAGACUGGGACCAACAAAGGAAUUUUUGUGUAAAUUCACACCAUUAGUGAACAUGCAAGCCCAAGAUUAUGUAUAAAAUUGGCAAACACAAUGUAAAUUUCUC